AUGUUGUUAAUCUAAAUCAUCACAACUCUUCUCAAAAUCUAUGCUUUCAUUUACUUAGCUGGUCUUACUUCUUGGAUAAUUGCAAUUCCAAUUUACUUGAUGUGCGACUAAGCAGUAUAAUUCAUACUUUUGCAUAUUUUUGGCUUGCAAAAAGUAAAUGAGGGUAUAGACACAUUAGAACUAACACUUGGAAAUUUAAUGGUAAUUCUCAACAUUGAAACCGAUGGGCAAGUAGAAUCAUUACAAAGCAUUUCUGAAUAAUUUUUCAGGAAUAGUGAAGGUAUACCUGAGUUGAGAUCUAGAGUGGUGAAAUUUCUAAAUAAUAUAUACCUCAAGGAAUAUAAGGGAGAUGAGUUGCAAAAAUAUUGGGCUCAAGCAUUUGUAAAUGUUCAGGAUAAAAUACACACAAAAGACGAGCUGCUUGAAUUUACAAAUAAGAUAUCAUAUAAAAGCAUUCCGAAUGAGAAACUUCAGUUCACUCUGUACUUGAUCAAAGAUUAUUAGCCUAAUUCAUCUGCAAUAAUUAUGCAUAUAAAUCAUGGAAUAGCAGACGGAAUAGCCUCAUUCAAUCUUUUGAAUUGUUUGUAAGACAAGUUUUAAGUCAAUAAUCAACCUUUACAAAAUAUUAAAACAUCAUCUUAAAAGCUCUAAGAACUUAUAAGUUGCCUUAUAUUCCCCUAUUACACACUUAUGUCUAAACCAUCAACUACUUAGGAUACUGAGGUAUUUGAUGAGAGAGAUAAUCCCCCUUAGUUUGCAAUUUGUAAAGACUACGACUUAUAAACUAUAAAAAACCUUAGUAGGAUGUUUUAAUGUACAAUAAACGACAUCAUUUGUACAGUAUAUCUUGAGGCCUAUGCCUAGUAUCUUAAAGAUAAUAAGCUUGCUAUUCCCUAACAUUAUAAAUGCUGCAUUCCUAUAAACCUAAGAGAACCUAUAAGAUCAAAGAAAAAUUUAUCAUUAUUUAAUGUACAAAUUCUACCUGAGACUUUUCUCAUUGUGCCACAAUAUUUAGAAGAUCUAUCUAAUAGAGAUAAUGAAUUUGAGUAAACAUUGAGGAAAAAUAAGCAAAUAUUUGAUGGGUUAAAGAAAAUAAAUUAUGCUUGGUCAAUAGUGAUGGGAGCGAGAUUUCUAGGCUAUUUAUUGCCACCAUACAUUCAAUCAUUAGUAGGACCUUAAUUAAUGUAAUUCAUAAGAAGAAACAUAUCAAACAUCUGCGGUCCCUCAAAACCAUACAUAAUAGGAGGAGUCUAAACAAAGAGAAUGCAUUUUAGAGGAGGAUUUCAUGGCUUAAUAGCUGCAAUCAAUAUUUUAUCACACAAUGGAAUAUUUAGAAUUAGUGCUAAUAUGGAUAGAGUGGACAUUGAUGCUAAGCAAUUAAUUUAGAAGUUUGAAGAGUCUCUUGAUUUUUGGAUUAAAAAGAAAUUGUGA